CGCUCGCUCUCACAUUCUUUUACACUUUUGUUGGAUCAUUUAUUUUGCCUUAUUUAAAACAAUUUUUAAUUAUUUGAAUUCUCCUUUAUGGUGUGAUUUUUUUUGCAGUAGAUUAUCCUCAAAAAGAAUGACACAAAUGGAUUCGGAAACGAUUCCAGGAUCAGCUUCUUCAUCAUCUAUUAUGAACAAUUCAUCAGCUAAUUCGAAUCAACAAUCAUCUAGUUUGAUUCAACAAUACAAUUGGUAUUAUGAUAAAAGUGAACUGAAACGAACGCCUUCAAUAUUGGAUGGUAUAAGCUAUGAAAAAGAACGAAUGUAUCGAAAUGAAGGUGCUCGAUUCAUUUUAAAUGCUGGUUUACAAAUGAAACUUCGUUAUGAUACUUUGGCCACCGGUGUCGUAUAUUUUCAUCGGUUUUACAUGCGACAUUCGUUCAAAGUUUUUCCUCGUUAUGUAACUGCAGCUUGUUGUUUGUUUUUGGCCGGAAAAGCUGAGGAAACACCGAAAAAAUGUAAAGAUAUCAUAAAAAUUGCUCGUACAUUGUUGGAUGAUAAUCAAUUUGGUACAUUUGGUGAUGAUCCUAAAGAAGAAGUUCUUACACUUGAACGAAUCGUAUUGCAAACAAUACGAUUUGAUCUUCAGGUUGAACAUCCUUAUAGAUUUUUAGUUAGCUAUGCUAAAUGUUUCAAAGGGAAUAAAGAUAAGAUACAGGGCAUGUUACAAAUGGCAUGGACAUUCACCAACGACAGUCUUUGUACUACAAUUUGUUUACAAUGGGAACCAGAAAUCGUUGCCAUUGCCAUGAUAUUUUUAGCCUCGAAAAUUCGUUAUGAGAUUACUGAUUGGGAAGGACGAUUACCACAUCAGAAACAUUGGUGGGAUAUUUACGUUGAAGAUCUUUCUGUCGAAUUACUUGAAGAUAUUUGUCAUCAGGUAUUGGAUUUGUAUUCAAAUUCUAAUGAAGAGCCAAUUCGAUCACCACCUCAAUUAUCACAACCAGCUGGUACUCAAUCGUCGCCAUCAACUCCAAUAAACAUGCUUCAGCAACCACCUUCAUUACCUACUGGACCACCUCCAACGCCUGUAGCAGCAACACCAGUUGCUUCGCUCGGACAAUUCCGUCCGAUCGUAAAUGCAACAGCUGUAGCGGCUGUACCACAAUCCAUAGUUCAACCAAACGUAACAUCCAUUCCUACGGUUGCAAAUCUAACGGCACCAACACAAAUUGCUGCCACUGGAUUACCGCAUCAUCAAUGGGACACAUCAAUGGCAACGUUUUAUAAUUUUCCAUUAGCCGGUACGGUUCAUCCUGUUCAUAUGGUACCACCUCCCCCACCACCACCACCACUUCCACAUGCAAUGACUGCGAUUGGAAUGCCGGCCAUGGCUUCAACUGCAGUACCGCCUGGUCGAUUACCUGUAAUUGCGCCACAACCACCCAUUCCGCCACAGUUUGUCACAUCAGCCGGGAUCAAUCAACAUCAGCCAACUUAAUUUUUGAUUAUUAUGCAAUUCUCAUUUGAGUCCAUGCUAAAUUCAAAUAUUGUAUUAUAUAAUUUUUUUAAUUCAAUUCUAUUUGAAUUGAUUAAUUGAAUAAAU